AUUAGAGAAACGCUUCUUCCAUCGUUUUCAUUCCAUUCAGGGGAUGCCCUAGAGCUAAAGCCCGUGCCAGGACAAGACUGGUGUGAUCUAGGAAGAAACAACUUCGUCAUUCAAUCAUUCAGCAUGGAUAUCCUUUGCCAGAUUCUGGGUCUACUUUUCCUCAUGGUACUUCGGGCAGAAUCCAUGAGCUUAGGAUGGGAUGAGGAAUCUUUGACAGAAGGAGGCCAUGAUGUGGAUUGGGUGGGAUGUGGUAGUAAUUUAGGAGCUCCUUCUGUAGACCAGCCAUGGUCAGAGGACAACUGGAGGGAUACUUGGUAUAAUGACAAUGAAGCAGUUCUAUUGGAGCCUGGGGAAACUGCAACAUUCUCUUUCACUUUUGGGAAACAAGAAGCAUCGAAGUACGUGGAAUACAAGAUCUCCAGUGUUAGAACUCUUUCUUCUUAUUCAUCUCUGGUGUUCACCUGUGACAUGAAGUCUCUAUGGAAUUCGUCAGACUACAGCAGUGGAAAAGUGACGAUAGGUUACGGACAAAAGACCUUGAGACUUUGCAAUGAAACUCAUUCCCUGAAGGACGAACAGGCCGGAGACUCUUUGAGGAUUUUGGCUGAGAAUAUACUUCCAUCAUAUCAUGGAAACAUCCACUGCAGAAUUUACGCUAAUUCCUGUGGCAAAAGAAACACAAAAAGAAUUAUCACAGGAACAGAAACACUGCCCCACGAGUAUCCCUGGCAAGUGGGACUUAUUUUUAGUAAACUGGAUCCUAACGUAUUUUGUGGAGGAUCCAUCAUUGGCCCUUAUCACAUCCUUACAGCUGCACACUGCAUCGACAUACCAAACAGCACAUAUGGGUCAAGUUUUCGCCCACUGGCGGUUGUUGGGUUGCAUGACUACAGGAAGCCAUUAGCUGCAACUAAGUACCUCAACAUUGCUAAGAUGACACUUCACCCGGCAUAUGACAGUAAGACCUAUGUAAAUGACAUUGCAAUUCUCAAAACGGAACAGCCAAUCCCUUUCGAUGUCAAGAACACUGUUUCACCAAUCUGCCUUCCUGAAGACCCAAACAAUAAGUACGACAACACUGAGGUCUUCGUCUGUGGAUGGGGACAAACGAUUGGAAGUGAUGGUAGCUCUAACUCGCCUGUUCUUCUUCAUACUGUAAUGACAACAAUGACCAAUGUAAUGUGCAAUAAGAUGGUUUCUCCUACGUUUUUCAUUCCUGAUGAGAAAAUUUGUGCUCGUGCGUCUGGAAAAAGCCAAGGCUUGUCCUGUAGAGGAGACUCAGGAGGCCCACUAAUGUACCAGCAUGGAAGCCACAUGGAUCUGAUCGGAAUAGCUUCUUCGGGGCCACAAGGAUGUUUGAGAGAAUUUCCAAAAUUUUUCACUCGAGUUACCAGUUACUUGGAUUGGAUCAGGCUCCAAAUGAAACAACCAUGAAUUCCACAUUAUCUUUACUGAUGUACUUUAACAAUUUUCUGCUAUGCAACGAAGAUGUAAAAUCUUCCUGAAUAAAUU